AUUGAGGUUUGACUAGAGGCAAGCGGGGAUCCUGCCCGGACUCCAGUUGUCCACGGCUCCUCCUCCUGUCGUUGCCUGCGUGAUUCCUGGGACUCAGGUAUUUUCCUUUCGCUGUCCACCUGCGGCGCAGGCAUUGGCAGAGUUUUGCCGGAGUGCCGUUGGUGCUGGAGAGAGAUGGACCAUACAUCCCCGACCUACAUGCUUGCUAACUUAACACACUUACAUUCUGAACAACUUCUGCAGGGUCUGAAUCUUCUUCGUCAACAUCAUGAACUCUGUGACAUCAUUCUUCGAGUAGGUGAUGUUAAAAUUCAUGCUCACAAAGUGGUACUUGCCAGCAUCAGCCCAUAUUUCAAAGCUAUGUUUACUGGAAAUCUUUCUGAAAAAGAGAACAGUGAGGUUGAGUUUCAGUGCAUUGAUGAAACUGCUCUCCAGGCUAUUGUGGAAUAUGCCUACACAGGGACUAUUUUUAUUUCACAGGACACAGUGGAAUCUCUCCUUCCAGCAGCAAACCUACUCCAGAUAAAACUUGUCCUGAAAGAAUGUUGUGCAUUUCUUGAAAGCCAACUUGACCCUGGUAAUUGUAUUGGAAUUUCUCGUUUUGCAGAGACGUAUGGUUGUCAUGACCUUUAUUUGGCAGCCACUAAAUAUAUAUGCCAGAAUUUUGAAGCUGUUUGCCAGACUGAAGAAUUUUUUGAGCUUACACAUGCUGAUUUGGAUGAAAUUGUUUCCAAUGACUGUUUGAAUGUAGCUACCGAAGAGACUGUUUUUUAUGCACUUGAAUCUUGGAUCAAUUAUGAUGUACAAGAACGCCAGAAAUACUUAGCACAGCUACUUAACAGUGUGCGAUUACCAUUGCUAAGUGUUAAGUUUCUCACUAGAUUAUAUGAAGCAAAUCAUCUUAUUCGUGAUGACCGUACUUGUAAACAUCUUUUGAAUGAAGCCCUAAAGUACCACUUUAUGCCUGAACAUAGACUCUCUCAUCAGACAGUCUUGAUGACACGACCUCGCUGUGCUCCCAAAGUACUUUGUGCAGUAGGAGGAAAAUCUGGACUGUUUGCCUCUUUGGAUAGUGUGGAGAUGUACUUUCCUCAGAAUGACUCUUGGAUUGGUUUGGCACCCCUAAACAUGCCUCGCUAUGAAUUUGGAAUAUGCGUUUUAGACCAAAAAGUGUAUGUUAUAGGUGGUAUUGAAACUGACGUGUGUCCUGAUUUCACUAUCAGAAAUCAUGAAAAUUCAGUAGAAUGCUGGAAUCCUGAUACAAAUACCUGGACUUCUCUUGAGAGAAUGAAUGAGCACCGAAGUACCCUUGGAGUGGUAGUACUUGCAGGAGAAGUUUAUGCUUUAGGUGGUUAUGAUGGACAGUCUUAUUUACAGUCUGUAGAGAAGUAUAUUCCCAAAUUAAGAAAAUGGGAACCUGUGGCACCAAUGACUACAACACGAAGUUGUUUUGCUGCAGCUGUGCUGGAUGGAAUGAUAUAUGCCAUUGGUGGGUAUGGUCCCGCCCACAUGAACAGUGUGGAGCGUUAUGAUCCAAGUAAGGAUUCCUGGGAGAUGGUUGCAUCUAUGGCAGAUAAAAGGAUCCACUUUGGUGUGGGUGUCAUGCUGGGCUUUAUUUUCGUGGUAGGUGGACAUAACGGUGUCUCACAUUUGUCAAGCAUUGAAAGAUAUGAUCCUCAUCAAAAUCAGUGGACUGCGUGUAGACCAAUGAAAGAACCCAGAACAGGAGUUGGUGCUGCAGUAAUCGAUAACUACCUUUAUGUAGUCGGUGGUCACUCAGGGUCUUCCUAUCUGAACACCGUGCAGAAAUAUGACCCUAUCUCAGAUACAUGGCUGGAUUCAGCUGGCAUGAUAUACUGUCGCUGCAAUUUUGGGUUAACUGCACUUUGACAAGUGUGGACUCAUGGAAAUAGUGAGGUGAAGAACUUCGUGCCGCAUAAAAGGAGCCCAAUUUUCUGAAACCCCAAAGCUGCAUUGCUUUUUAACUUGAAAUGUCAUGAAGACUCAACAUUUUGUUGGGUACUUUGAACUGACAAGUAGCUUUGGUUGCUCUUGAUUACAGUGAAUCAAUAAUCAAAAAAAAAAAAAGGAAAGAUCUUGCCAAUUGAAUUGUGCACUUUUUUCCUCUAAUACUGGCAUAAAGUAGUUUCUUUUAAUUUUAUUUAUUGCUUUUAGAGAAAGAGGAAGGGAGAGGAAUAGAGAUAGCAACAUCGACGAGAGAGAAACAUCGAUCGGCUGCCUCCUGCAUGUCCCGCAUUGGGGAUUGAGCCUGAAACCCAAGCAUGUGCCCUAACCAGGAAUUGAACCAGUGACCUCCUGGUUAAUGGAUUGAUGCUCAACCACUGAGCCACACCAGCUGGGCUGACAUAAAGUAGUUUUAUGUUCAUAAGUGUACAUGUGAAAAACUUGGUUUUUAAAAAUAUUUUUAGCUCUCUCCCUCCUUAAUAUGCACCAUGAUUACUAGGAUGAAUGAUGUUUAGAUGCUGGAGUGUAGUGAAUGUCUGGACAGAGUACUGAUACUGUCUAUUGGAUAUAAGUUCAAAUGCUUUACAUUUUAAAUAAAGGGCUGCACUUUUUUGGUACUUUUAAGGGGUAUAAAUUACACGCUCUAGUGAAUCACCUGGACAUUCUUCCUGCUAAAUGGCUUUAGGGCUGGGGCUGUAAUAACUUUGCAAAACAAAUGCUUUUACUAUCAUGAUAUUUGGGGGCCUAUUAAAAGAUAUUUACUGUUUAUAUCUUUUUUACGUGGGCAGGUUAAUGCUGGAAGAAGCUACUUAUCCAGUUCUGCUAUGCUAAGCAUG